CCACCACAACUUCUUCGUGUCUUGAACGCACGCGCUCUCGCCUCCUUCUUUUCAAAUCGCAUGGAAAGUCUUCUGGCUGACUGACCGGGACCGAGAACCGAGGUUUUACCUUACUUCGGUUUUUACGUUCUUCAGGAACGUUCGAGUCACGCCGACAGCGAAACGACACUCGCCACUGGCUCGAAAACAUUUCUUUUUAGAGAAUAUAAAUAUUUAUUUCCAAAAUUAUAAAUUAGGUAUCAAUUUUUUUUACGGUUACUUGUUUGUUUGUUUGUUCGCAUAAUAAAAGUGUCAUCUGUUAAUUUUAACGUGUAGUGACAACGUGACUCGGUCACUUAUCUAGAGGAUUUUACACGGGACCAGUUUAAUAUUGUUAUCAGUUUAUUCUCACUUUUUUGUUUCGAAAGUGAUAUGGCGCAAUUGAUUAGCGUCAAGUUGUCCCGAUUCGACGGAUCGCCUUGGGGCUUCCGACUACAGGGGGGCAAGGACUUUGGAACACCACUAAUUGUCCAAAAGGUAAAUGGAGGAUCACCUGCUGAGGCUGCAGGUUUGAAAGCUGGAGAUGCUGUCAUUAGGGUGAACAACACCGAUAUGUUUAACUUAAGGCACAAAGACGCACAAGAUGUCAUUGUCAGGGCCGGAAAUAAUUUCGAAAUGACCAUUCAGAGAGGUGGCAGCACGUGGAAACCAUGUGUAACUCCUAUUGGCUCGACCCUCCCUUCUCCAACACCAUCGAUACCAGCAACUAAUGUUUCUCCAGUAACAAAGACUUCUUUAGUAUCAAAGAAGCAGGAUGGACCGCUAAUCGGAAGCGGUCACAAUUUCAGUCCGAAGCCAUUUUUGAACGGUACUGGGGAAGGUUCGAUAAAGUCCAUCGUCAAUAAACAGUACAACAGUCCGGUGGGCAUUUACAGCGAAGAAACUAUUGCUGAAACACUUUCUGCACAAGCUGAAGUUUUAGCUGGAGGUGUUCUUGGGGUCAACUUUAAGAAAAAUGAAAAAAAUUACAAUGCAGAGAAUAGCGAAGUUUUUAAAAUGGUUCAAGAAGCUGACAAGGAACCAAAAACACCUGAACCUGUUCAUUCGUGGACGGAGUUUUACUCUUCGGCAAGCCACGCAGUUGGCGGAAGGGCAACUUCGCCGAAAUCACUAACACCCCUCUGUCGAUCACGGGGCUUGUGCCAGACAAUUUCAAAUUCCUGCGAAAGCUCUUCACUUCAAGAAGUUGAGAAGAUUGAGCGUCGACAAAAAUAUUCAUCCUCUUCGCUUACUUCCUCUGAUUCACCCAUUUGUCACAACUGUGACAAUGCGAUCGUAGGUGUCUUCGUUCGAAUUAAGGACAAGAAUUUACAUGUUGAUUGCUUUAAAUGUUCAACUUGCGGCACAUCGCUAAAAAAUGUUGGAUACUACAAUAUUAAUGAAAAACUCUAUUGCGAUAUACAUGCGAAAAUGGUAGCCAGACAACAAGUGCCGACUGGACUAACACCAAUUACUGUACCUCCUGUCAGUAAAGCACCAGCAGGAACUAUAUCAGCAGCCCUGUCGAACGUUGGACCCCUUUCGCCGCCUCUCAAUAAUCAUGGUUCAUCUCCACUACCCUUCUCGACAUGCCAUCGUCUCAACGAUGAUUCAACGCUGUCACAUCAAGUCGAACCAAAAAUUAAUGGACACACUACCAAUGGCUGCUUUGGGCUUAAUGACAGCAAUGAAACCUCGAAAACCUACACGAGCACCAUUACCAUCCAGACUGGUCUUAAUGAGGUCAGCAAUGUCGACGGCGAACUCGACUAUAAUCGUAAUCCUACUAACUCUAAAACACGCCACAAAUUUGAUGAAAUCAAUGAGAUUCGGUUUGACCCAGUCAUUUCCGAGGACAAAUACUUCAAAAAUGAUUCAUACAACAUUCAGAGGUCCUGUUAUUCCCACUCAGACAAGGCUCCAUCAUCUAACAACACCGGCGGCUCGAAACUUUACAGCGGAACCACCCUCAACACACCUACCUUCAAUUCUGGAGGUUGCACUCUUCCGCGGCAACAGAGUCAUAACGUGACUGAAGAUAACGAAGAGGACUCUUACGAAUACACUGAAGAAGUUACACGAUUUGUUAUCGAAAAACCGCCAACUCCAAAACCAAAGUCACACGUCUGGCCGCCGCAGAGACCAAUUGAAGAGAUAACUUAUCCAACUGCGAGUCCUUUAUAUAUUGACCCUAAUCCAGCACUUGAUCGACGUGCCAAACAAAACGAUAACGAAAGACGUGUUAGUAUUGAAGACAGUAGUAGGGAUAACAGUAGAAGAAAUAGCUUAAUAGAAGCUUACGAGGAAUCCAGAGAUUCCUGCCAAUUUGAAUCAACAAUGGACCAGGUUAGUUGCCCUGGACCAGUUUAUCGACGAGUGGAAUUAUUUAGAGAAGCAAGAAAAGAUUCUCGACAAACCCGAUGCGAUUCGAGGUCAAGUUCAACUGAUAGUGUCAGAAGAUCUUUGACUCCGACACGAAUUACUCAACCGAUUCCUCGACCAUGGUUAGCCACUGUCACUACCGGGACAAAUUUAUACCAACAAGCAUAUCCAGUUAAUCCACCUGAGCCUCCAAAACCAACUUGUAGUCGAACUGUUUGCAGACGUCAAAUAUGUCGACGAGAAUGUGUUUGUGAAGGAGAAAGCGAAACCCAAACUACCUACGAGGAAAGACGUGAUUAUCAAGAGCAAAUUUGCCAACCAGAAGAAAGAGUUGAGACGCCAAAACCAGAUGUAGAAGUGCAUGCAUGUGUUCGUUUACCGCAUUCCCAUUCGAGAAGCAUGGAAACAAGAACCAAGGAAAUUGAUUCAGAUACUGAAGUUAGGGAUUUGUCGAAGCUUGUACCGCCCGACGUAGCCAUAUGUCCGAAGGGAAUAGAUGGUGAACAUGAUCUUUACACGGAAAUGGAGGAGGAAGAUGUAGGUAACUUACAUAUAAAGAAAACCACUACUUAUGAAAAGACAGUGGAAUUAGUCUCCCCAGACAGAGAAAUAAGAUCUAGUGCGGAACCAGAACUAAAACCUCAGGCAAAAGAAAGACGAUGGGAACAAACUUGUCAAAGAUCAUCGACUGUCGAUCGAGAAGUGGAAAAUAUUUCCUGUCACCGGAGCGUAGUGGAAUCAACAGAAAUGUUAUCAUCUAAAAUUGAUACUCAACAAAUGAUGGAGCAAGCUAAAAGAGAUGAGAAGGAAGGACAAAGAAGAAGAGAAGAGAAAGAGAUAAGAGAGCAAGAAGAGCGGGAAAGAAGACAACAUGAAGAAGAGGAAAGAAAACGGAUGGCAGCUGAGGAACGAAAACGGAGGCAAGAAGAAGAGAGACGUCUACAACAGCAGAAAGAAGAGCAGGAACGUAGACGUCAAGAAGAGGGAGAGACACGUCAGAAACGAGUCUGCUUUAGUGAAGAGCGAGAGUUUAUAUGCGAACAUACUUGCUGUCCUCAAGAGCGAAUAAUUGAUAUUAAAUUGGAAGGUCCAAAAGAACAUAUAAUUGACAUUGAUGUAGAAGGACAACCUAAGGAACAUAUUAUCGACGUUAAACUUGAACAGGAAGAACCCUGUUGCCAAUGUCGUGAAGAGCGUUUUAAAGAGAUAAAAGAGGAAAUCAACAUUCAGAAAAAUUUUGAACAUCAAGAAAUGGAAGAACAAAGAAGAAGAAGUUUGCGUGAACAAGUGCAGGUCCAUAAGAGUUUGAGAGAUCAACAAGCUCCUGAAAGGCAUCAAACUCUCCAAGAACGACGUCUUUGUAACAAAUAUGGUCAGCAGAAUCAGGAAUCACAAAAUACAACAGAAACAUGCAGGAAACAAGUACAAUUCAUCAGUCAAACUGAAUGUAAUUCGCGUCCAAUUUCGUCUUCCAAUGUUCAAAAUACUGUUCCUAAGGAAUGGAAAUCUGAAAUGGUGAGAGCUUUAACAACAGCUCCAGAUCAAUCUCACUCUUCUCUUGGUAAAGAUAAUAAUGGUUGCAAGGAAAUUUACACUUCUCAAGUUACAUAUGAAGAAACAUGCCAAUGUACCUGCGAGCCCUCAUUGCCACCACUUCCUUGUGCACAUAGACCUGUUUCUCCUUUUCAAUCCGCCUUAACAACUGCGUCAGAUAGGCCAUACUCACCAUUGGGUGGAAAUAUCAAUCCUUGCAAAACUUGCUGUCGCCGAUCACAAACUCCAACAGCUCCUUCAGCUGAUGAUGGUUAUUGUGCACCUGCUCAACUUCUAUUUAGUGAAAAUAGGGAAGUAGUUCAAGAACGAAAAAAACAACAAGGCCCGCAGCCUCUUCCAACACCUCCACCAGACUAUCGCUUAAGAGACUCUUCUAGAUCUCCUUCUAGAUCUAGAGCAGGAACUCCAGGAAACCACUCAAUAAUGACAGGUCUUAAGAAACCGGAUACCAUUCCUUUGUAUCAAAAACAUUUGGUUGCUAUGAAAAAUGGACCGGUGGAAGGUUACGCAUAUGAUCCCAGCAGAACUCCAACUCCAUGUUCAAGAUCUAAAUCUCCUGCUCAAGGUCCUCCUGAACAAGUUUGCUGUUUUACAAAAGCUCAAGCACCCAGACUAAAAGAUACCACAUCUUCCUGUAACCGUUCAUUUCAAAGUUCCGCACCAAAAACGAAAGAAGAGUGUGUUUGCUACCACUAUGUAGAAGACACCCCUUCAGGACAUAUUCAUAAAGACGUUCAAUGUACCAAAUGUAUCAGCUAUUCAGAGGAUGAAGAUAGUACACAUACUCAUGUACGCGAGAGAAAAGUACAAAGAAUAACUGAGAGUCCUGUUCCACCAGGAUGUUACGUCAGCCGCAGCAGUAGUGUUUCCCCUUCUCUGCCCUGUCCUUCAAGCCGUGAAAGUGUAUCAGAAAGAAUCCAAAGACAAGGAGUGAGAGUACUACCUCCUUGUAAUACGUCUUCAUCAACAACCGAAGUUCGUCGAAUUCAUCACGAAAUAGUAGAAACACCUUCUAAAUCGUGUCCAAAUACUGGUGUCACGGUUCUACCAUGCAGAACAGUCUCUGAAAGUGGUUCAAAGACCGGAGUGGUUGUAGUUCCCUGCGGCAGUUCACCACCACCUUGUGAUAGAUCGGGAGUUUGUGUCACACCUACCCUUGACAGGCAAGGUGUCUGCAUCUCUCCGGCUCCAGAUCGUUCUGGCGCAAGUUGUAAACAACCUUCUGGAGUCUGUGGAGUUCGUUCUGGUGGCUGUAGCAUCGAUGCUGGAACAUGCAGUGGAUCGGGAGUUUGUGUCACUCCCUUCGGAGAUGGCUCCUUUUGUGUUGCUCCGUGCAGCGUCUCUGGAAUGUCAGCUUCCCAGUGUCCAAAAUCAAUUCUAAAAGGACAAUGUGGCAAGAAUAUGCCCUUCCCGCAAAUCCCUUUACCAAAUGAAGAGGUUCCGAGUUUCUGCAGUAGCUGUCCUCUUUCGCAAACUGCCCAGCCUGAUUCUUCCAGUAGCUUUGAACCUAUUCAUAAGCCUCGUACUAAUCUCAGUAAUCAGCUCACGCAACUAACUCUAAGCAGAAUUAAACCUCCCACUGUUCAGUUGUAUAAACCACAACCUCAGACCCAAACCUGUACUACCAAAUCCACUUACCAGUCCCAGUCAAUCCAAAGUCAAUCCUCAUGUAAAUCCAAAGCCCAAUCAACAUACCAAUCCACGACUACUUGCCCAAUUGGUAAACCCAAAAAUUUAGUAGACCCACCAAACAUGUCAUCCCAACCGGAUCUAGGUGCUGGAGUCGGUGGACUUUGCAGUAAUAAGAGCGGAUCUUUUGCUGGAAGCAGUGCUCCCAAACGUGGAAGGGGAAUCCUGAAUCAAGCUGGAGGAAGUGGAUCUCGUGUCCCACAAUGCGCACGCUGCAAUAACUACGUCAGAGGACCUUUUAUCACAGCUUUGGGACAAAUUUGGUGCCCUGAACAUUUUGUCUGCGGUAACGUACAAUGUAAUCGUGGAUUACAAGACAUCGGCUUCGUAGAAGAAAAGGGGCAACUUUAUUGCGAGUACUGUUUCGAGAAAUACAUUGCACCACCUUGUGACAAAUGCGGAGGCAAAAUUAAAGGCGAUUGUUUGAACGCAGUUGGAAAGCAUUUUCAUCCUGAAUGUUUCAAUUGUUCUCAUUGCGGCAAGUUGUUUGGAAACAGUCCCUUCUUUUUGGAAGAAGGUUUACCGUACUGUGAAAACGACUGGAAUAAUCUGUUCACUACGAAAUGUUACGCCUGUGGAUUUCCAGUAGAAGCAGGUGAUCGCUGGGUCGAAGCUCUUAACAAUAAUUAUCAUAGUCAGUGCUUCAACUGCACGAUGUGCAAGAAAAAUCUCGAGGGCCAGAGCUUUUACGCGAAAGGUGGACGUCCAUUUUGUAAAAAUCACGCACGCUAAUAUCUAUAGUCAUUGCAUUCUAAUAUUAACGAAACCAAAAAUACAAAACAAAAAAAUUAAAUAAAAAUUAACAGUAAAAGUGUUAAAUAAUUAUAACAAUCAGAUACAAUUUUUAAGGGUAAAUAUUUUUAGAAGGUUCGGAUAACAAUAAUAAUAACAACAUUAAUAAUAUGAAAAUAAUAUCAAUUACAAUAUUGAUUGAUUGUCUUUUGAAUACUUCGUACCCUCUAUUGUAAAGAAAAUUCUAUAUUAACCAACACAGAGAACAUUUAUGUUAUAACUAUUGGCUAAAUUGGUAUGUAAAAAAUCAUCUUGUUUACUAUUAUAUGUAAAUAUAAUAUGAGGACUGUGAAAUUAUCAGGGGUUAUCGUUAUGCACAUUAGCCUUAAAUUAUUAGUAAAGUUUCUCUAAUUAUUAAUAUUAUGUCGACCAAAAAACGAUAACUUUUGUUCUUCCAUGGAAAUCUAAGCAGAUCAGUAAAAUAUUGUAUAUUUUUCUAAGAUAUUUGAGCAUAAUUACGUCAAUAAUAAUAAUCCAUAUCAAUUACAUACCAAUAUACUGAAUAAUCAAAUUAAUAUCCGUAUUAAUUCGAUUAACGCCAAAAUAUUGAUUAAUUGAUAUUAACGACCGAUUUUACAUAAAUUGUGGACUGCAUAUUUUGUUAGGUAAGGUUACCGAAAUUUGUGCCAUCGUCAAGCUGAUGCCAAAGCACACAGUCAUGAUAAAAAAGAAGCUUUGGCACAGUUUUGCCAGUAGGAAAGAUUCUGUAAAAUUAUACUUAUCUCAGAAAAUUACAGCUGCGUCAAUUAUAUACAAUAAAUAAUAAUAAUAUUAAUACAAAAUUAUAUUAAAAAUAAUAAAUUGAUAUCAGUGAAAAUAAUAUACUGAGAGACAUAAAUAGACGUCAAUUGAAUGUGAGUGUGAAUAAAUGACAGGGAUAUGUGAUACUAUAUGUACAAGAUAAUAUUUAUCAAUAAGAUUCAAAACUUGCUUCUAUAGAGAAAAUAUUAGAUAUAUUGACACGGACCGACAAAACGUGAGAACAGAUUUAUAACAAUUAAUAAGUCUCACUGUAUCAGCGUGUCUUCUAUUUUGUUGCUAUUAAAAUAAAAAGAAUUGAACAAGAA